UAUAAGAAACAAUUGGAAUUUCUUAAAUUUCUCCAUGAAUUGUAUAUUGACACAGCCUGACAGUAUGCAAACUUUUUUCAAGUCAGUUUGAAGUAUGACGUUUAGUGAGUGUUGAUGCAAUUUGUGUUUUCCGGGACAGAGUGACCGAGUGCUGCCACCAUUGCUUUCUAUUUUCUGCUGCCCGUGUUUCUGCAGCUGUUCACUGUCAAUCAAACACACUUUGGCAUAUGGUCAAGAAUUGCACGGACGGGCAAAUGAGUUCUUCGUGACAAAACUCAAGCGGAUGAUGAAGGUCGUCGUUGCUGUGCCCAUGCUCGCGCUGCUUUGGCCUGUGUGCUUGUGCAGGAAUGAGGAGGAGCGCCUGAUCAACUACUUGUUAAAGGAACGGGGAUACAACAAGGAACUGCGUCCGGUGGAGAGGCAGCAGGAUGCAGUCAACGUCAGCCUCGCUCUCACGCUCUCAAACCUCAUCUCCUUGAAAGAAGUGGACGAGACUCUACUCACCAACGUCUGGAUCGACCAUACGUGGACGGAUUACCGGCUGACGUGGAACACGACCGAGUUUGACGGCAUCGAGAUGCUGCGCUUGCCGUCCAACAUGGUGUGGCUGCCAGAGAUCGUGCUGGAAAACAAUAAUGAUGCCCAGUUCCAGGUGGCCUACUACAGCAACGUGCUGGUUAACUCUGAAGGGCUAUGCUACUGGUUGCCGCCAGCCAUCUUCCGCUCGUCCUGCUCCAUCAACGUCAACUAUUUCCCCUUCGACUGGCAGAACUGCACCCUCAAGUUCACCUCACUGACGUACAACGCCAAAGAGAUUCGAAUGCUACUGAAGACGGAAACAGAUGACGACGGCAACAAGUGGACGGUCGAGUGGAUCAUCAUCGAUCCAGCGAGCUGGACGGAGAACGGCGAGUGGGAGGUGAUCCACCGUCCGGCCAAGAGGAACAUGUACAAACACAUUCCCAAGGAGAGCAACAAGCACCAGGAUAUCACCUUCUACCUCAUCAUCAAACGCAAACCGCUCUUCUACAUCGUCAACAUCAUCAUCCCCUGUGUGCUCAUCUCCUUCCUGGCGUCACUCGUCUACUACCUCCCUGCUGACAGUGGUGAGAAGAUGACGUUGUCCAUCUCUGUGCUGCUUGCUCAGUCUGUCUUCCUGCUGCUGAUCUCUAAAAGGCUUCCAGAGACUUCAAUCUCCGUCCCGCUCAUUGUCAAGUACCUGAUGUUCAUCAUGGUGCUGGUGACAGUGGUGGUCUUGAACUGUGUCGUGGUUCUCAACCUGCAUUUUAGGAGCCCAAGCACACACGUCAUGUCUGACUGGACCAAGAGGUUAUUCCUGGAGCGACUUCCCCGGCUCCUGCUCAUGUCUCGGCCAGCGGAGUCCGAACCGUACUGGAACGGCGCCUUGCAGCGGCGAUCUAGCUCAGCAGGCUACAUUGCGUCGGCCGAGGAGUACUACAGCGUCAAGUCCCGCAGCGACUUGAUGUUCGAGAGGCAGUCGGUGAGACACGGGCUCACAACCCGCCCCGCACACGCAACAGUGAAAAAACUGCAGGAGGAGGGUGGCGUCACCGAGCAGCUGUAUGGAGAAAUCAAGCCGGCGGUGGACGGAGCAAACUACAUCAUCAAACACAUACGGAACAAGAAUGACUACAAUGAGGAGAAGGACAACUGGAGCGGCAUCGCUCGCACUGUGGACCGUCUGUGCCUCUUCCUGAUUACCCCAGUGAUGACCUUUGGCACCAUCAUCAUCUUCCUCAUGGGCGUCUAUAACCACCCGCCACCGCUGCCCUUUGCUGGAGAUGCUCACAACUACAGGGAUGACAACCCACGGCUACUAGUCGUCUUCUCGUGUCUUCUGAAAUCUCAGUGCCAGCAACGACCUCACUGGAGAGAAGAACACAGCUCAAGAUGAGUGCUUGCUUUCACGCUGGCCUUCCUACAUUUAGGUUAGUUUGACCCACUCACGUUUAAAGCCCAGGAAUCCUAUGAUGCAAAGAGACACAAGCAACAAGAAGCUGAAUACAGUCACGGUGCAAAGA